GAAACCUUGUGUUUAUCGUCAUCGAGAACCACCGAAACAAAAAAACGAUUGAAAGUAAAUAAUUUCUUUUCUUUUCUUUUUUUUUUGCAAAAAAAUGUUGACCAUAAAUGCAAUAUUUUUGUAUUUGAAUAUUUUUUUCCUUGCAAAUUCAAUAAACUCGAUACAGAUUUUUACAUCAAAACAUAGAGUGCCAACGAUUGUCAUCUAUAUCAACGAUCAUCAUGAUGGUACGGAAACCAUUUCUCAUAAUGUUCGAAAUACAUCGAACCAAAGAUACGGCAGAAAUUGGCAUUCAAAACAAAUUUUUGUCCGUUUACAUCAUCAUGUUUCCAUUCGACAUGAUGAUGAUGAAAAUUAUCAGCUGAGAUUGGUAAAUGGUACCAAUCGACAUCGUACCAUUCAUGUACGGAGAUUCAAUUUGUCCAAUUCAAUUUUACAUUUCCCAUCAUCAACAUUCCAAACCAUUGAAUCGAAAUUGGCCACCAAUCAAUCGAUUCGAAUGAUUCGUUUUCAGGAUACGAACGUGACAACGAAUCAAACCAGUCAAAUCUAUACAAGUCGUGAUUAUUCUACAUUUUUGUUGGUCACCAUCGAUAAUGGACAAAAUGUAAAUAAUGGCAAUGACAGUGAAUGCAUGAUCCGCAUGUACGGUCUGAUCGAUAGUCAAAUGAUGAUAAUGCCAUUACAAAAUCAAUCGUCGACAAGUAAUUUUCAUCGCAUCACCAAUGGCGAACAGUUUGGAUCUUUGUUUGAAAAAUCAAUAGUAACGAGUAGCAAUAAUCUAUUGUGGCAAUCAUUGGCAAUUCUAAAACAACCACAACCCAUUCACCACAUUUAUCCGGAGAUAACAUUGCUGAUCGAUUAUCGGAUUCAUCGAAUGGCACAUGAAAAAAACGUCCAAUUCACAUGGCGUUAUGGGGUCAUGUUUGUGCAAAUGUUGCAAUCGCUCUUUUUUCGGACAAUCAUCAAUCAGAAUUUUCAAAUUCAUUUACAUUUGAAACAGAUUCUGGUGGCCGAACAACCAUGGCCAUUCGAAUCGAUACGACCACAGUUAAAAGGAUCAUUGGCCAGUAAUAAUAAAACCGCAAAUCGUCCAUAUCUAAAUGCCUUACAUGCUUUACGAGCAUUCGGCCAUUGGAUCUACAAUCAUACGGCAGAUGUACAAAGUGAUUUGAUUCUAAUUCUAACCGGUCAUGAUCUCUGCCUCGACGAUGACCAUGAUGAUCAUUCAUGUUCAUAUUCAUCGGUAAAAGGUCAGGCGAUAGUUGGUGGUGCAUGUCGUCAUCAUCAUCAUCAUGAACGUCGUCGUGCACUCAAUCUGGCCAUUGUUGAAGAUAAUGACCUCAAAAUGGUGGAUGGUCUACAUGCAAUGGCACAUGAAGUGGCUCAUCUCUUUGGAGCCGUACAUGAUGGAGAAUGGCCAUUGACAACGAUUGGCGGUCCAGGCGGUACAAAUUGUCGUGAUGAUGACUCAUUCGUAAUGAGUAUGGAUCAUGGAUCGAUUGUCGAUCCGACAACAAAUCAAUUACGCACUGAAUGGUCGAAAUGUACAUUGGAACAAUUUCAACAUUUUUUCUCAAAACCACACUCUAUCUGUCUUUUCAAUGAACCGACAAUAAAUAAAUGAUAAAUGAUAUUGAUAAA